AUGCAAAAGAUGAUGGUGUCUCCCCCAGCAGCUAGUCCCUCUUCAAUAUCCCCGGCCAGCAGCUCCCACCUCGGCAAGCGCCACGAACUUAGCGAGGACGCCCACGACUCCGGCAACGGCAGCCAUGGCUACGGCCACAAUGGCAACCCGUCCUCCUCCUCAUCCGGCUCGCGCCCCAAGAGGGCCCAGGUCUCGCGCGCCUGCGCCCGCUGCAAAAGCCUCCGCCGCGCGUGCAACGAGUACCGCCCUUGCAAGCGCUGCGUCGACGCCGGUCUCGGCGACCAGUGUCUCGGCCUGCCCGGCCCCGUCUCUCUCGCCUGGGUGUCGGACGGCUCCCAGGCUUUCGGCCACGUGCCCCACGAGGCCGUCCAGCGCAUGGCCGAUCUGCUCCCCGCCCGCGUCAUGGACUACUGCGUCGACCGCUUCUUCGCCCGCCUGAACCCCACCAUCCCCAUCCUAACCCCGGAGUACGUCGCCCACCUCAAGGUCGUCGCGGGGCCCUCCGAGCCCGGCAUGGAGGCCCACUGCCUCCUGACCGCCGUCUGUGCCCUUGUCCUGCUCCAGGUUGAGGAGCCCGAGAGCCUGUGGCUGCAGGGCCUGAUCCCGGAGAAGAACGCCCUGCACGGCCGCAUGCUGUUCGAGGAGGCCCUCGCCGCCCAUCGCAACUUUGCCCGCCGCUCGAACCCGAGCUUCGAGCAGUGCCUCUUGACCUUCUUCCUCUACGCCUGCCACUCGGCCCUGUUCCACCACAGCCAGGCCUUCCUGUUCCUGCGGGAGGCCACUACCCUAUUCCUGCUGUUGCGCCUCAACACCGAGGCCUCCCCGAGGGGGCUGGCCGACCGCCUGUUCUGGGUGCUGCUCGUGUCAGAGCGCUCCCACGGCAUCCGCUACCGCCGGCCCGUGACGCUGCAGAUCACCGCCGAGUCGCCCGCUAUGGACAACGACCCGACCUUGUCCGGCUUCUGGAGUCUGGCGGCGCUGUUCAGCCCGCUCGACACGUCCUUCAUCGCGCUGCUGAACCAGGAAAAGGUCGCCACCCCGCCCUCCAACGCCGCGCUGACGUACAUCGAGACGGCCGUCAACUCGGCGCUGCGCUCGACCUCGGACCUCAAGGAUACGCAGAAGGCGAACUUGCGCGUGACCCAGCUGUGGCUGCGCGUCAUCCUGUGGCAGCUGCGCCUGCGCUUCGGCUACCUCGCCGAGGAGUCGGUCCAUCUGAGCAUGACGUACCACUACCCGCUCGAGGUCGCCAAGGAUCUCGUGCUGUCGACACGGGACCUGCCCGUCGACAGCAUCAAGGUCCACGGCGUCGGCCUUACGGAGAAGCUCUUCGACAUCGCCUCGGCCGCCGUCGACGUCCUCGCGCGCGUGCCCAUCACGCCCUCGAGCCCGCACCGCACUGCCGGCUCCGGCGGGCCCGAGGAGGACCUGAACUACAUGCGCCGCCUCAUCACGCGGCUGCCCGGCGGCAACUCUAUUUACGACGACCUCUUGGGCAAGCACAUACAGCAGGCGGUCCCGAGCAUGGCCAUCGGCCAGGGAACACUGAGUCAUCAUCCGACCUGA